CGAAUGUUUUGUAUCUAUCUUUAGAACGGAAUAUUAUCUGUCGUUCUAUAUAAACAUAAGAGCCAUAAUUUAAAAGUCUUUUAAAUUCCACCAUGAAUUACUUUUUGCAUCAGCAAAAACGCAAGGAGGCCAGAACUAACAUACCACCAGGGCUACCUGAUUUAAUGGCCGACAUAGCCCGUAGGGUCCUGGAGAAGCAGCCGGAGAAUGGCGAGAUAUACAAGUUUAUUGCAGAUUAUUUGGGCGCUUUGUUGGAGACCAGGGAAAAAGCCAAAGUUUCUGUGGAAGUUCUCGAUGAAAUUUUAGAAUCAAGUCUAAUUAUAAGCGACCUCCUCCGCACGAAUGGGAUAGAUUUUCAAAGAGCUUCAAAUGCUGCCAAGGUCAUUCAAGGCGCAUUUCGAAGUUACCUUAAAGAAAGAGAAAAGAUGGCGCCUCAGAGUCCCGAGUUUGAUGAAUAUCGACUUUUUAAAGAAUUGGUGGAGAAGUGCAACUUUAAAGAGGAAGAGCUUCUUACUGUGAAGGGAGCGGUUCGAGUUGCUUUCCGGGAAUUUUUCCGUAAAUACUCAGACUAUUUGAAAAUGGCCUACGUUUGCGGUCAUGAUGUGUGGCCAUUGGUGGCUUCGACUUGCAAGCACUAUGCUGAUAAAGUACCUUCUUUCGAAAAAAUGGAUAAAGCGGCAACUAAGAUACAGGCUUUCUAUCGGCGUCAUUCUAUCCAAAAAAAGUUUCGGCCCCGGGGUUUGUGCUCAGAUAUAAAGGAACAACAAGAUAAGAGUCUGAUUUUCUCAGAACAGGAAGUUAAGUCGGCGACUGUAAUUCAAAAAGUUUAUCGUCUUUAUAAGCAAAACCAAGAGAAAAUUAGAAAGAAACGUGAAGAAAGAUUGCGAAGAAGGAUGUUUAAGAACCAGCAACUUAGCAAUGAAGAAGCUGCAACCAGAAUUCAGGCAAUUUACCGUGGCUAUAAAGUUCGGAAGGCCUUACGAAGUGAGGAGCCCAAACGGAAAAGCGAUGGCAAGGAUUCACGACGGGUAACCGGCGUAUCACAACUCUUUCGCGCGAGCUUGCAGCAAUCCAUUACUAAUCCAGCAGGGACUCAAGCAACUCGAGAAAGGUUAGCAAGGAACAUUGAGGAAGAUCUUGAUAAGCUAUUGGUCCAAAAGCAGAUAGAUGCAAUGUACUUAGUUGCGAGAAAAGUUCAGCAACUUUUCCGGAAAGUUUCCAAGUCAUCAUUUGUUUUGGAUGAAAAUGUGGAUCCAAGAGUGGAUUGGGCGGCUCGGGUGAUACAGAAUUCAUGGCGCGAUAUGAUUGCGAGGCAAUUUUUUAUAGAAGCAACCUUUUCUGCUGCAGGUCUGCGAGGCUCGAAAUUGAGUGCAACAUCCCCACAAUCGCGUCAUGAAGUAUCUAAAUCAAGUGUUAGUGCAAGUAUCGGCACUUUUAAGACGAAAAACCAGGACGACGUGAAGGAUAUAGCAGUCAGUGCUACAGGAAGAGAAAGCAUUACAGAGAGUGCUAAGCAAACUGUAGCUUUUCAAAAGGAGAAAGUAAUUCAUGAAACAGCGGUUAAAAAUGACGUGAAACUUUCUUUUACGAAGGAACAAGAAAUAGCAACGGAAAUAACCGAGGAGGGAAUUACAGUUGAAGAGAAGCUGUCAAAUGAAGAACCGAAAAAAGCACAAGAUGAAACAGAAGUUCCGGAGAGUUUUCCAGAUGAAAUAGCUCCUGAAAAGUCAGAGACAACUCCUGAUGAAGCAAUGAUUCCAGAAAAGGCAUCAUAUGAAGCAGAACCUCUGGAGGAAAUACCAAAGGAGGCAGAAACCUUGGAGACAGUACCAUAUGAGGAUGGCGCUGCUGAGGCGACCCUUGCUGAGAGUGCUAGGGAAAACUGAUGCGGUACAUCAAGCCAGUAGGGCUGAAAAUGCAAAUGUUGCUGAAACGGUGGAACAAGUCGAUGGGUAAAAUAUGUUAAGUCUUCCAAUUUACAUAUUUAGUAUUUUUUUCUCACGAACUGUCAGUUUUUUUUCUUUUAUUUUAGAAAAAUGUCUGUCGAACUUA